AUGACGGAUCGCCUGUACAGCCGGCCUGAGGGCAUCACCGAGACUCUUGCUGAUAGGCUCGAGAAACCCCUCCUCGACAACAGGACAUACCGUGUCAUUCGCCUGCCCAACCAGCUUGAGGCUCUGCUUGUCCACGAUGCAGACACAGACCAGGCGUCCGCCGCCAUGGACGUCCAUGUGGGCAGCAUGUCAGAUCCAGAGGAGAUGCAAGGAAUGGCGCAUGCAGUAGAGCAUCUGUUGUUCAUGGGCACUGAGAAGUACCCCGGAGAAAACGACUACAACUCGUACCUCACCAAAUUCGGCGGACACUCCAAUGCAUUCACGGCGCCCACCUCGACCAACUACUACUUCGAACUCUCCGCCUCCUCCAAAUCCAAUAGCCCCAAUUCGUCGACCAAUGCCAGCGAAGCGAGCCUGCCAAUCGCAAAAGGCGAAGCACCUCUCUACGGCGCUCUCGAUCGAUUCGCGCAAUUCUUCGUCAAGCCGUUGUUCUUGGAGGAUACACUUGAUAGGGAGUUGCGAGCGGUGGAUUCAGAGAACAAGAAGAACUUGCAGAGUGAUACCUGGCGAUUGAUGCAGUUGAACAAGAGCUUGUCGAGCAAGAAUCAUCCAUUCCAUCUCUUCUCCACUGGAAACUACAAGCUGCUGCAUGAUGAUCCAAUUGCAAGAGGCGUCAAGAUCAGGGAAGAGUUCAUGAAGUUUUAUGAGAAGCACUAUUCGGCCAACAGAAUGAGACUGGUUGUGUUAGGAAGAGAAGGUCUCGACGAGUUGCAGGAUUGGGUAGAGGAGCUGUUCUCUCCCAUUCAAAACAAGAACCUGCCCAAGCUCAGAUGGGACGGUCUCCCACCGCAGACUGAGGAAGAGCUCUGCACACAGAUCUUUGCCAAGCCAGUUAUGGAUGCACGAAUGCUGGAUAUCCUGUUCCCAUACCCAGAUGAGGAAGAUCUCUACGAGACUCAGCCUGGACGAUACAUUGCACAUCUGAUCGGGCAUGAGGGUCCUGGCAGCAUUCUGGCGUAUCUGAAAGCUAAAGGUUGGGUGAACGAGCUCAGUGCUGGACCUUCGCCUGUUUGCCCUGGUGCUGCCUUUUUCUCGAUCGGCAUUCGCCUGACCAGCGAAGGCUUGAAGCACUAUCAGGAAGUCGUCAAGACUGUGUUCCACUACAUUUCCAUGCUCAAGGAGAGCCCGCCCAAGGAAUGGAUCUUCGAGGAAUCGGCUAAGCUCGCUGAAAUCGACUUCAAGUUCAAACAGAAGAGCCCAGCAUCCAGGACAACCAGUCAACUCAGCGGUGUGAUGCAGAAGUCAUACCCCAGAGAGUGGAUCCUCAGCGGACAGUCGUUGAUGCGCAGAUUCGAUCCUGAAGGCAUCACGCGUGGACUGAACGCUCUUCGACCUGACAACUUCCGCUACACCGUCGUGAGCCAAGAGUUCCCUGGCGGUUGGGAUCAGAAGGAAAAGUGGUACGGUACCGAGUACAAGUGGGAGAAGAUCCCAGGUGAUGUGCUGAAGGAGUUUGAGCGAGCUCACAAAUCCGUGGCGAGCGAGCGACCUGCAGAACUGCAUCUCCCACACAAGAACGAGUUCUUGCCGACCCGAUUAGAUGUCGAGAAGAAGGAUGUCCUGAAGCCGUCGCUUGUACCAAAGCUGAUCCGCAACGACACCAACAUGCGGCUGUGGUUCAAGAAGGACGACCAGUUCUGGGUGCCUAAGGCCAACAUCUACGUGUACUUGCGCACGCCGAUCAUGAACGAGACGCCAUUCUUGGGAGUCACCUCACAUCUUUACAAGGACCUGGUGGACGACAGUCUGACCGAGUACGCCUACGACGCAGAGCUGGCUGGGCUUGAGUACAACAUCACGAGGUUGCCGGAAGCUUGGGAGAUCAGUGUCAGCGGCUACAAUGACAAGAUGCACGUAUUGCUUGAGAAGGUCUUGACUUCGCUGAGGGAUCUGGAAUUCAAGCAGGAGCGCUUUGACAUCAUCAAAGAGCGCCUUGCUCGCGGUCUUCGCAAUACAGAGUACUCAGAGCCUUUCCGUCAGGUCAACACAUACACUCGCUGGCUCGGCAAGGAGACUCAGUGGAUCACAGAUGACUUCCUCGAGGAGCUCCCUGCGGUCACUGCUGAUGAUGUGAGGCGUCUGUUCCCACAGCUUCUUCGCCAGAUGCACAUGGAGAUCAUGGUGCACGGUAACCUCUACAAGGAGGACGCUCUUCGUAUUGGCCAUCUUGUCGAGAUGACUCUCAAGCCUCUACCACUGCCUAAGCGUCAGUGGCCGAGCAGCCGCAUGUUGGCAUACCCAGCUGGCUCGGACUACCGCUACGAGAGAACCCUCAAGAACCCCGACAACGUCAACCACUGCAUCGAGUAUGUCGUAACGUUGGGCGACAUCCAAGAUCGACCACUUCGCGCGAAGAUGCUGCUUCUUUCUCAGAUGUUGGAAGAGCCUGUGUUCGACACUCUGCGCACCAAGGAGCAGCUGGGUUAUAUUGUCGGCGGUGGUGCUCUGGCAUAUCCAACUCUUGGCAAAUACCGAAUCCUCGUUCAGAGUGAGAAGGACUGCGAAUACGUGGAGAAGCGCAUUGAAAACUUCUUGACCAACUUCGAGACCGAUCUCAAAGAGAUGCCACACAAGGAGUUUGAAGCUCACAAGAUUGGUAUCAUCAACAAGCGCCUGGAGAAGCUGAAGAACCUGAGCCAGGAGAGUGGCCGUCUGUGGCACCACAUCACGUCUGAGGCCUUCGACUUCGAGCUUGUCUACCGUGAUGUGGAGAACAUUGAGCCUCUCACUCAACAGGACAUCGUCGACUUCUUUGUGAAGCACUUCAAGCCUGACUCUCCCUCCCGCAUCAAAUCUUGCAUCUACAUGAUCGCUCAGACAACCGCUGCAGACAUCGCUGCCAACACCAGCCCAGCUGAGCAACAGGAGAAACUCGCGGCUGGUGUUGCUGAACUACUUGGGCAGCUUGGUGUGACCGUCGACACCGCUGCGCUUUCCACCCAGCUUGAAAAGAUCGAUCUUGCCAAGGGCGAUGUGGAGAGCAUUACGGCCAAUGUUGGCAAGUAUCUCCAGAAGGCUGCCGGUAUUGCCGCUGAGCAGGUUGAGGCAAUCGUACAGCAAGCACAAGCUGUCCUGCCCCAAUUCCUGCCGCAGCUUGGUAUCAAGCCACAGGCUGCAACACCGGAGGCAGCCAACGGACAUGCCAACGGCACCACCAACGGUCACACGAGCGGCGAGACGCCCAAGUCCAACACGAUCAUCAUCAAGGACGUCAAGAAGUUCAAGGAGAGUCUCCCACUGACCGCCGCGGCACAUGCAGUCAAGGACGUCUCCGAGUUCGAAGACCUGGAACCGAAGUUGUGA